UGAAGGCAUGUGACAGAUUUAUCAAGCAGUCAUAAACAAAAUCGUUCCGUGUAGGGGCUGAUAGCUGCUCUUCCAACAGCUGACUGUCUUGACGCAAAGGUUUGGACUCUGGAGCGUUUCGAAGUCGGAGAGUAUCAACACCGAAGCGCGUGAUUGAUAAACCGCACGCGCGAAUAGAGCGCGAAUAGAACUUGAGCUCGAAUCUUCCCCUCAUUGCAUUUGCCAUGGAAACCAGUGGCAACAUUUCGGACUCUUUCUAUCCGCUCUCUAAUCCAGUGAUGUCGAACAGCAGUGUGUUUUGCCGAAACUUCAGCAACAGCUCCAGCCUUAUGAACCUGAACAGCUCCAGAUGUGACAGAACGACUGAUCAGGACAAAAGCUCAACUCCAGUGAUAGUCGCAAUCAUCAUCACCGCGCUAUACUCUAUAGUGUGUGUGGUGGGACUGGUGGGGAACGUCCUCGUCAUGUAUGUUAUAAUAAGAUACACCAAAAUGAAAACUGCAACCAACAUCUACAUCUUCAACCUUGCUUUAGCGGAUUCCCUGGCGACAAGCACGCUGCCAUUCCAGAGUGUCAACUACCUGAUGGGUACAUGGCCUUUUGGAGAUGUGAUGUGCAAGAUUGUCAUGUCCAUUGAUUAUUACAACAUGUUUACCAGUAUCUUCACCCUCACCACUAUGAGCAUUGACCGCUACAUAGCUGUGUGUCACCCGGUUAAAGCCUUGGACUUCAGAACACCCCGUAAUGCCAAGAUUGUCAACGUGUGUAACUGGAUCCUUUCGUCUGCCAUUGGGCUCCCUGUCAUGGUCAUGGCCUCCACCACUAUUGAGUACCGCGACAGUUCAUUUGCCAUCACCGACUGCAUAUUGAUCUUUCCCCAUCCUCCCUGGUACUGGGAGAAUCUCCUAAAGAUCUGUGUCUUCAUUUUUGCCUUCAUCAUGCCUGUACUCAUUAUCACAGUCUGUUACGGCUUGAUGAUUCUUCGCCUAAAAAGUGUACGCAUGCUGUCUGGCUCCAAGGAAAAGGAUCGCAACCUGCGGCGCAUCACCCGAAUGGUACUGGUGGUGGUGGCGAUUUUCAUCAUCUGCUGGACCCCGAUCCACAUCUUUGUUAUUAUCAAGGCACUUGUGACCAUCCCCAACUCACUCCUCCAGACCGUCACCUGGCAUUUCUGCAUUGCUCUCGGUUACACCAACAGCUGCCUCAACCCGGUCCUCUAUGCCUUUCUGGAUGAGAACUUCAAGCGAUGUUUCCGGGAGUUCUGUGUUUCCAGUCCGUCCGUGCUGGACCUGCAAAACUCCACACGCACCAGGAACCCCCAGCGUGAGGGCCAGUCUAGUGGCCACACGGUAGAUAGGACCAAUCAGCAGGUAUGACUAGUCCUGGAGAUGUCAUCGCUGGAGUCGCACUGCCAGCCCAGUGUUGACAUGAGCUCAGAGGUCACGCAGGUCACCACAGGUGUCUGACAUCUUGUCGGGGACAUGAAGUUUAUUCAAAGUUUUCAGUUUUCACUGCAUUUAAAAUAUUAUUUUAAAACAUAUUUAGAUUUGAACUUGCUUUUCUGACCAACAUAGUAAUUUAGUUAAGCUGUCUUAUUCAAUUAUGUUUCUUGGGAGCAAUUCAAAUGAAUAAUUAAAUGACUGUUGGACAUGACACACUGUUUCUGUAAUUUACUGUAAACUUCAUAUAACUGCGAAGACAAAAAGAACUGUCUCUUGCAACAAUGGAUAAUUUUCAAGCUUAAGUGGUGACAAAUUGUUUGUGCUUGCACGCUGAUGCAAAUUUCUUGUUCUAAUG